GUCUCCAGGAUCCAGCUGUCUGUCUAUGAAGAGUGAUCGGUCCAGAGGUUAUCCUCCAGCCUUCAGUGAUGAAUCUGGACCUUCAGACACAAAAGGGAGGAAGAGGAGUCAUGUUCCUGUGGAGGAGCAGCCAUCCUGCUGUGUUUUGUGUCAGGACGUCCUGAAGGAUCCAGUCUCUACCAGCUGUGGACACUGGUUCUGCAGUCACUGCAUCACCUCAUACUGGGACCAGUCUGCUUCAUCAGGAGACUCCUCCUGUCCCCAGUGUGGAGACAGAUCCAGAACAAUGAGUGGUGGUCUGCAGGAGGUUUUAGAUGAACAUAAGAUCAGUCUGAAGACGAGAUGUGAAUGUGUGACUGAAGGAAGUGAUGAAACAGGAAGUGGAAUCCUCCUCAGCAGGAUCUACACUGAGCUCUACAUCACAGAGGGACAGAGUGAAGAGGUUCAUACCCAACAUGAAGUGAGGCAGCUUGGAACCACUUCCAAGAAGAAGACCCUCAAUGACACUCCGAUCAAAUGCCAUGACAUCUUUAAAGCCUUACCUGACCAACAGAGACACAUAAGAGUCGUUCUGACGAACGGUGUUGCUGGCAUUGGAAAAACCUUCUCAGUGCUGAAGUUCACUCUGGACUGGGCAGAGGGCUCGGAGAACCAAGAUGUCAGUUUGGUGGUUCUGCUCUCAUUCAGGGAGCUGAACUUGAUCAAAGAUGAGCAGUUCAGUCUUCUCACACUGCUCCAUGUUUUCCAUCCAACAUUACAGAAGGUCACAGCAGAGAACCUCACUGUCUGUAAACUUCUGUUCAUCUUUGAUGGCCUGGAUGAAAGCAGACUUUCACCGGAUUUCAAGAACAAAGAGGUCGUGUCUGAUGUCACACAGGAGUCAUCAGUCAACGUGCUGUUGACAAACCUCAUCAAGGGGAAUCUGCUUCCCUCGGCUCUCAUCUGGAUAACUUCCCGACCUGCAGCAGCCAAUCAGAUCCCUCCUUCAUGUGUUGACAGGGUAACAGAAGUACGAGGCUUCACUGACGCUCAGAAGGAGGAGUACUUCAGGAGGAGAGUCAGUGAUGAAGAUCUGUCCAGCAGAAUCAUCUCACACAUCAAGACCUCCAGGAGCCUCCACAUCAUGUGUCUGAUUCCAGUCUUCUGCUGGAUCACUGCUACAGUUCUGGACCACAUGUUGACCACAGACCAGAGAGGAGAGCUGCCCAAGACUCUGACUGACCUGUACUCACACUUCCUGCUGAUUCAGACAAAGAGGAAGAAGAAAAAGUACGAUGAAGGACAUGAGACAAGUCCACAGGAGCUGACGGAGGCUGACAGGGAAGUUCUUCUGAAGCUGGGGAGGCUAGCGUUUGAACAGCUGGAGAAAGGAAACAUCAUGUUCUACCAAGAAGACCUGGAGCAGUGUGGUCUAGAUGUCACAGAGGCCUCGGUGUACUCAGGAGUUUGUACAGAGAUCUUCAAAAGAGAGAGUGUGAUCUUCCAGAAAACAGUCUACAGCUUUGUUCAUCUGAGCAUUCAGGAGUUUCUGGCUGCAGUCUACCUGUUCAACUGUUACACAAACAAGAAGACAGAGGUACUGGAGGACUUCCUGGCUUUGGAUGUAUUCCUGAAGAAAGCCAUGAAGAAAUCUCUACAAAGUAAAAAUGGUCAUCUGGACCUGUUUGUUCACUUCCUUCAUGGCCUCUCUCUGGAGUCCAACCAGAGACUCUUAGGGGGCCUGCUGGGUCAGACAAAGACCAGUUCAAGGAGCAUCCAGAGAGCCAUCAACAACCUGAAGGAGAUGAACAGUGGUGAUAUCUCUCCUGACCGAAGCAUCAACAUCUUCCACUGUCUGAUGGAGAUGAACGAUGACUCAGUCCAUCAGGAGAUCCAAGAGUUCCUGAAGUCAGAGAACAGAUCAGAGAAAAAACUUUCUGAGAUCCACUGCUCAGCUCUGGCCUACAUGCUGCAGAUGUCAGAUGAGGUGCUGGAUGAGUUGGACCUGAAGAAGUACAACACAUCAUGGGAAGGACGACUGAGACUGAUUCCAGCUGUGAGGAACUGCAGAAAGGCUGAACUUUCUAACUGUGAACUCUCAGAGACUCAGUGUGAAGUUGUGGCCUCAGCUCUGAAGUCUAACCCUUCCCAUCUGACAGUGCUGGACCUGAGCAAAAAUGACCUAAAUGAUUCAAAAGUGAAGAUGCUGUCUGCUGGACUGGAGAGUCCAAACUGUAAACUGGACACUCUGAGAUUGAGGGGCUGCAGUUUGUCAGAGAUCAGCUGUGCUUUUCUGGCCAUGGCUCUGAAGUCUAACCCCUCCCAUCUGACAGAGCUGGACCUGAGAAGAAACAACCCGCAGUAUUCAGGAGUGAAGCUGCUCUCUGAUCUUGUGGAGAGUCCACACUGCAGUCUGCAGACUCUGAGGUCAGUAGAGGCUUGCAGUCAGUCCAUGUUGGUCUCAGCAGUAUUGUACUAAACACAGUUAGUAUCAAAGUACAGAUCCAGUUUUUCCUGUAAACCUCUGACCUUCUCAGCGGCUGCUUUCUUUAGUGAAGCUGUGAGAGCAGAACGGU